UCGUUUAUUGGUUGUUCAUACAUAUGUAUGUAUGUACUUUAAUAUCAAGUAAAGCCAACUCUCUGCUUUGGAAAGGAAAACAUUCUAAAAUAUGCAGGUAAAUAAACUGUCUAUGCUUUUCUCUCCUACCCCUGAUUACACGUUCUAAUAACAGAUAUUAGAUUUCUAGGUGAACCUAUAUUAUAAUUAGUAAUUACUAACAAUUCAUUUACACUUAAUUUUACUUUGUCUCUAAGUCGGGCCACUAAUCUUGGAUGAAACAAACAAUUUUUUGUUUAAGAAUAAUUAAUUUAAUAAUAAUUAAUUGUCGAGGUAUAAGAUUUGGAUUUGCUAAGCAGAAAGGUUGGGACUUAGCAAAUUAUAUGGUUUCAAAUUUUACUCGGUUGUAAUUUUGCAACUUUUAACGGUUAUAAAGUGUAUUUCCGUAUUAUUAGGUUUUCUGGCAACGGUAAUACUUAACAGCUGAUAAAAACAAAUGUUUGUUUAUGCGGCAGCAAGCAAAAUAAGGAUUGCAUUUACUGAAACAUGACAGAAAAAAGGCGUUUCGUCUGUAACUGCGGGCACAGUGUCAAAGAACUGUUCAAGAAAUACAGCAAUACUCUGAAGACCACCCAAUGCGAUAAAUGUCAGCAAACCACUGAUAAAUACAUAGAGUUUGAGGAGUUUAUCAUAUUAAUAGAUGCCCUCCUGUUGGACUCGUGCGCCUUCCGCCACAUAAUAUACAAUGGAGACUUUAAGCUGUAUUGGAAGGUUUCGCUGGUGGUGCUGCUCCUGGAAUCCUUUGCUCUGUGUCGCCAGAAGCUCCCCGAUCCUCCCAAUGCCUCGUUACAUGUCCGAAAAGGUUUCUACACAUACACACUUCAAAAUAUGGGAGAUUACCUCUUCAUGACAUUGUUGCUGCUGAUAAUUACAGCCACUCUCAGUGUCGAUUGGAUACAGAAAAUGGGCCUUCGUAGGUUCACUUUAAUUAUCUUCAAGGUGGUGCUGAUUUCCAACCUAUCCAAGUUCUUCCUCCUGCCCAUUUUGGUCUGGCGUAAUAACACAACCGUUUUCGGCCGUAGUUUGCACCAUGUCCUGGUCAUGGGCCAUCACGUAUGCUCCCUGGUUCUCGCCUACGAGGCGGUCGGAGCCACUAGGAAGAACCUUCGAUGGUGGGCUCUAACAUUGGUAGUUCUGGCUUUCAUCUUCAAGGAAACUGCUAGACAGUUUGUGUCACUUGUGGUGGAAGAGCAUUUUGCUUAAACGAAAAUGUUUAAGCAAUUAUGUACACAUAUAAGGCUGAAAAUAGAAAAACAAUUUCCUAUGGACGAUGUUAUUGCCAAAUAAAGAAAUAUCUAUAUUGACUUUGGCAUGGCUGUCAAAUCUAAC